CUCACGGGAUAUCCGGUUUCUACUUCGAGGCUGGUAGACACGUUCUUUGCCGCGGAGGUAGAAGUUAUCGGUGCUUUACCUUCAUCUGACCCCAUCGACUAGAAGUUGGUUUCCUUCCGUCUUGGAUUGACCUCCGGCCCUGGGCUUUCAUCUCAUCAAAUCGGAAGGACCCAGUUCCUGGCCUUUCCAUGAGAAGACUGAGGCCUAUGGAGCUUAUGUUGCCCAGAGUCUCACAGUGUUUAUGGAUAGCAGUGGGAUCUCCAGACCAUAAGAAUUCUGAUGUGAUAUUGUGUUGCAAGGUGAACCCCAGUUGGAGAUAGACCACUGUGCCAGACCAUUGUCUUUGAAAUGAACUGAAAAAUAAAAGGGACUGUUCAUUAAAGAAGAUCAAUAUGGUGGAAGAAGGGGAGAGGAAACCUGUGUUGGAAAUGGUCCAAGCAGCUGGAACAGAUGGAAACUGUGUCACAUUUGUGUUGUAUGAUGAGGACCAUACACUAGGAAACUCUCUACGUUACAUGAUCAUGAAGAACCCAGAAGUGGAGUUCUGUGGAUACAGUAUCACCCACCCUUCAGAGAGCAAAAUUAAUUUCCGAAUCCAGACUAAAGGGGGUCUCCCAGCUAUUGAGCCUUUUCGACAAGGCCUUAAUGAACUCAUGGAUGUCUGUCAACAUGUGCUUAAUAAAUUUGAAGCAAGUAUAAAGAACUAUAAAGAUCAAGAGGAAGUUAAAAUGGAAUAGUUGUUUUACUCGAUCAGAUUAGAAGGUAUUACCUACAUGAUAUCUCAUUUUAUAGAAUUGAUCUUUUCCUUAAAGAUACUCCUGAGGUUAUUUUUGUUACAAUAUACUGUAUGUAAAGUUGAACUGGUACAGUACUUAAUAAAACCAGCUAUAAGGCAAUAAAACUAAAACUCGAGGGUAAA